AUGGGUGGUUGUUUCAGCAAAAACAAAUAUAUAGAGCGAGAUGGUGAAGGUAAUAGGCCAAGAACAAGAAGAGGGAACACUCCUGCAUCAUAUCAACAUUACAAACAUCCUGUUUAUUAUCAUCCAAGACCAACCCAAGAGAGGCCUUAUAUGCCCCAACAUCCACAACAACAACAACAAAGACAUGCACACCAAGUUACUGUAAAAAGUACUCAACCAAAUGUUCCAGUAAUACAAAGAAUAGAACAAGAUCCUAUUUUGGGUAAGCCAUAUGAAAACAUUAAAGCACAUUACACACUUGGGAGAGAAUUGGGUAGGGGUCAAUAUGGAGUGAUUUAUCUUUGUACUGAGAAUUCUACUAGGCGGAAUUAUGCUUGCAAGUCUAUAUUGAAGAGGAAGCUUGUGAAUAGGAAAGACAGAGAGGAUAUUAAGAGGGAGAUUCAAAUGAUGCAGCAUUUGAGUGGACAACCAAAUAUUGUCGAAUUCAAAGGUGCUUAUGAAGACCAGUAUUCGGUGCACCUUGUGAUGGAACUUUGUGCUGGAGGGGAAUUGUUUGAUAGAAUUAUUGCCAGGGGAUAUUACUCUGAAAAAGAUGCUGCUGAUAUUAUCAGACAGAUAGUGAAUGUGGUCUAUAUUUGUCAUUUUAUGGGUGUUAUGCAUAGAGAUCUCAAGCCAGAGAAUUUCUUAUUGACUAGUAAGGAUGAACAUACAAUGAUCAAGGCAACUGAUUUUGGGCUUUCUGUUUUCAUUGAAGAAGGUAAGGUGUACCGCGAUAUAGUUGGUAGUGCAUACUAUGUUGCUCCUGAAGUAUUGAGGCGCAGUUAUGGAAAGGAAGCGGAUGUAUGGAGUGCAGGUGUUAUUUUGUAUAUUCUGCUUAGUGGUGUACCUCCAUUUUGGGAUGAAACUGAAAAGGGAAUAUUCCAUGCUAUACUACAAGGAGAAAUUGACUUUCAUAGUGAUCCGUGGCCAUCCAUAUCAAAUAGUGCCAAGGAUCUUGUUCGGAAAAUGCUAACACAGGAUGCGAAAAGCAGAAUCACAUCAGCAGAAGUUCUUGAACAUCCAUGGCUUCAAAGUGGAGAAGCAUCAGACAAGCCAAUAGAUAGUGCAGUGCUGUCCAGAAUGAAGCAGUUCAGGGCAAUGAACAAGCUCAAGAAACUAGCACUGAAGGUCAUUGCAGAAAAUUUAUCUGAAGAAGAAAUUAAAGGUUUGAAAGCUAUGUUUGCUAACAUGGAUACAGACAAUAGUGGGACAAUCACUUACGAAGAACUAAAAUCGGGAUUAGCCCGCCUUGGAUCAAAGCUUUCAGAGGCUGAAGUUAAGCAACUUAUGGAAGCUGCUGAUGUGGAUGGAAAUGGAACGAUUGACUACAUUGAGUUUGUUACUGCAACAAUGCAUAGACAUCGGCUUGAAAGGGAUGACGAUCUAUUCAAAGCUUUUCAGUAUUUUGACACAGACCAUAGUGGCUUCAUAACAAAAGACGAACUGGAAAGUGCUAUGAAGGAGUAUGGUAUGGGCGAUGAGGACACCAUCAGGGAAAUUAUAGUAGAGGUGGACACAGACCAUGACGACAGGAUCAAUUAUGAGGAGUUUUGUGCGAUGAUGAGGAGCGGAACACAGCCCCAAGAUAAACUUUUUUAGUUCCUUGAAACAGUAACCUUGCAAGCAGAGCUGUUCAGCAGCCAGCACGAUGUAGAGAGCUGGGCUGCGAGAAGAGAAGAUUCAGAAAAAGCGGAAGAGGUAUUCUUGAUGUACUUGUUAUACCUGGUAUCUCCAAUCUAUUUUUAUUUGCUUUGACUACAUUGGAAAGCAGUUGGAAUACAGGAAGCAUUUUGGUGUACAUCGAAUUUAAAGCGGAAUAGCUAGUAAAAUUCAUAUAUUUAUAAUUUAUAUUCAUUCCGCCCCAAAAAGAAUGCAGUAUUACUUUUUUGAGAAAUCAGACUGUUUU